AAUCAGAAAAAGUGUGCAACUCUAAAGACACAGAAUGUAACACAACUUGCCUGCAGAAUUCUGAUUCAUUCUGCCUUCAAUGUCACCUUGUAUAUGGUGACUUUUUCCUAUUUUUGCUAUUUUUGCUCUUUAUUUUUGUCUAUUUGUGUGAUGGACAUUAUUUUUUCCUAUAUUCUUCUAAUCAAAUUGUUAUUUUUUGAAAAACAUACAAGCAGAGAUUUUGGACUUCCCACAGUGAAAGCGAUGGCUUACAACAACGCUACCAAGACUUGGGAGUCGAUCACAAUCAUGAUCGACAAAGGAGCAGAUCGGUCAUAUAUCAGUCAAGGAUUAGCUGAUAGAUAGAAACUCCAAAAGGUGGAUGAGACGAAACUGCGUCUACGGAUUUUUGCAAACGAGAGUGCCGAUCCAGAGAGGACCUUCGAAAGAUGCCGAAUCUGUCAACUCCGUUGAACUUUGUUCUUACAUGAUUCCAUCCCAUCAUUAUGUUUUGUUUUCAUCCCAACCAUUUGCCCCCCUCCACUUUAGCUUGAUAGACAAAUUCCAAUCCCCCGCUUUGAAAUAGUAUAAAAAGCGGGAAAAAACCGACCCAAUCACACAAUUUCCUUUUCAUUUUCUUUUCAUUAUUUUUACCAUACUUUUGCUCUUGUAUCUUUUAUUUAUCUUUAUUUAUCUUUAUAUAAAAUGGUUUAAUUUCCCAAGUU